AUGCACGCAGAGACGGCCCCGUCAUUCGGCGAGCGUCGCGGUCAUCGCCUCGCACCUCUAAACACAAACGUCGGCAAUGAUGCUGCAGCCGCCAAGUCUAAUAUCCGACUCCAACGUCCUCGGCCAACAGACUACCCCAGCACAAACGGAUUAGAAGGGCCGGUUCCUCUCCAAAGUCCAGUGCGUCGCCAAACGUCGAAAUCAAGUCUGCGCAACCUGUUUAGCCGGGAGAAGUCCUCGCGCGCAGCUGUCGCACCUGAUACAAAGUUGACCGAGAUCGAAGAAGCUCAAACUCAGCUUCCACAGCAGACCGUCGCUGUCCCAAUGACGGAGGACCUUUUGUCGCCUGCCCUUACCACUCCGCACACUGUACCUACUACCCCGACGACGAUUACAUCGCCUACUACGCCGAGGGCGCGGGCUACCUUGAAAACGGCCCGUCCGCGUCCCGCGGAGACGGAUCCCACGCCGUCGAAAGAGCAAAUUGGUUGGAAACCGCCGCCAUUGUUUCAGGCUUAUCCGCAAUCUUUGAAACAUGAGUCUUUAUCGGCGCCUGCGAUGUCUGCGGACUCGAUAUUGAGACUCCAUGCGACAACGGGGAAGACAUCGAUUGAUGAUCCUCGGAACCAGAUGGGUCAGGACGAUGCGAAAAAGAGAGAACAAAAGGAGCGAAAACAUCUUCGUACAUUGUCCGGUACUAUAAAUAAGGUUGAGUGGACGCAGAAGAUAUAUGUAUUAGCUACUACGGGGUUCAUUCUUCAGUAUGCUGGUGAAGGAAAACAUGAUCGGCUCCCCGAGAAAAUGCUGCAACUGGGUCCUAAGUCGGUGGCAUUUGCUAGCGACGCUAUUCCUGGGAAGCAUUGGGUGGUGCAGGUGUCUCAGAACUCGGCUGCGGAGUCUGCUCCCGAUGCUAAAGAGCCUCCUAAGCCGAAGUUUGCUUCACGAUUUGGGUUUCAUCGAUCGCAUGCACGUCGGUUAGCCCGCAGCUUUCUGUUGGUAUUUGAUAACCCGGACUCUAUGAUUUCGUGGCUUAUAGCUAUUCGUGCCGAGGUUGAAUCUCGCGGAGGACCUAAGUUUACCACGGAGAAGCACUCGGAUGAUGACGAGGUGCCUCAUCAGCUUCGGAAUAAGUCAAGUAUUCGGCAACUGGUGAAGAAGGAUCCCCGUCGUAUCUCGAGCUUGUUUCUGCAGCCGCAGGCUCAGGCUCAGGCUCAGGCUCUUCAGACUCCCGAUGAGGAUGACGACGGUCGCUCUGUGGGUGGUAUGACAUGGCAGUCCAGGCGAAGCUCUUAUGUAUCUGUCAGUCGACGCUCGAUGAUAGACUCGAGAGCUGGGUCUACCUCGACGGGUAUCACAGAAAACACACCCCCAGUGAACGGGUAUGACAACUCUUCGUCAUUUAGUUCAGUGAACGUCCCCGUUUCACCUCCAGUGGGAACUGCAGUCCUAGACGAUUUACAAAGGUCCGAGCCAGAGCCUGUCUAUGCUCGCAGUCCACCUUCUUCCAGCUACGAGAAACGUCAAUCACAGUAUGGAUCGCCUCGUGCACAGCCAAUCCCUGCUCAGACUCGCACCGAGCCUCCCCAGUCCAAUCAAAUCCAAUCCACUAUUCCAGAACACAUAGUUCGAUGUGCCUCCCCACCAGCCCCGAACUUCAGUGUGCCGUCAUUCAGCAAGAAAUUCGCCUCGCGACAGAGUAUACACCCCAACUCCAGCUCCCAGGCCUCUUCCCCGCCACCAAAUGUUCCUGGUACCCUCCGCCGAGGUGAAAGUACAGGCGACUUUAGUAUCUACAGUGCCUCGCCUCCUCCACAAUCACCAACAUACAGUGUUGCAAGCUCGCGCCAAACAGACUCGUCCGACCCAUCAUUCAUAACUGGAGCUGGGACCAACACCCGCCGCGCUCUCCGUCCUUCCAACUCAGAAGACGCACUAUCUAGAAUCAUCCAUUCCGCGCACGGCGGUAAUGCAUUCGCCCGUCUAGCCCGACCACUUGGCACUCCCGACACUAGUCCCCCCUCACGACCACUAAGUUUAGUCGGUCGAUCUGGUCUAGGAAUCCACACAACCAAUGAAUCGUCACAGACAAUUCAAAAUCUCCCACCACUCGAGCCAACGCUCCGAGUUCGCGUAUCAACCGCACACACAGACUAUCAAAAUGCACAAAACAUGUCCCGCCGAAAGAGCAUGCCCGGUCUCACGCUAGGCCCCCCCGCCGCCCCUCCGCCAAACUGCCCACUUCCUAAAAUUCCCUCCCCCAUCGCUGCGCAGGCGCUGCCUCCAUGGGCUACGAGUCCCCCUGCCCAUGCUCCUGCUCCUGCUCAGGUCCCUGUAGACCGAUUCUACGGAACCCAAAAAGUCCGCGAGCAUGUACAGGAUCGACGGAAAAGUCAUCUUCCCGGUGCAGCUGCGAGUCCCUCUUUAGCACAGCAAAGCGUCUCGAGAACAGCUGCUCGGCAGUCCAGAAUGAUUUAA